AUGGACGAUGACAACUCUAUCGUCAUUGUUGGAGUCGGAUGUAAGUUUCCCGGAGCAGACAACUUAGAUGAAUUUUGGCGAGUAUUGAGUGAGGGUGAGAAUCACGUGAUAGAAAUACCACGUGAUAGAUGGAACAAUGAUGCCUUCUAUCAUGAAGAUCCUAAUGAACCUGGGAAAACAUACGUCACCAGAGCUGGCUUCAUCAAAAAAUAUGAUGAAUGGGACAACAAGUUGUUUAACGUCAAUGAUAUGGAGGCCGCGUGGGUGGACCCCCAGCAGCGCUAUGUACUGGACUGUGUCCAUAUGGCAAUGGAGGAUGGAGGAAUUACGAAGAAGAAUCUGAAUGGCUCCAACACAGGAGUGUAUAUAGGUGUAAUGAACGAUGAUUACAAGGGCAGCUCUAACAAUGACCUCAACGAUAUGACAAACUACAGUUUAACAGGAACCUCUCCCAGCAUCAUAUCCGCCAGAGUGUCCUACACAUAUAACCUACUCGGCCCUUCCAUGUCAAUUGACACCGCCUGUUCCUCGGCUUUAGUAGCUAUCCAUAUAGCAUCACAAGCAUUGAAAUCUGGCGAUUGUGAAGUUGCGAUCUGUGGCGGUGUCAACAGUAUCCUCUACCCUGAUAUAUUUGUUCCGCUAAGCAAAGCACGGAUGGUAUCGCCUACAGGCCAGUGUCAGGCAUUUUCUGAUAAGGCUGAUGGUUAUGCCAGAGGAGAGGGGUGUGGAAUUGUCAUCUUAAAAACAAAAAGACAGGCAUUGAUUGAUGGCAAUAAAAUUUGGGCAGCCAUAGCAACUGGAUGUAACCAAGAUGGACGAACGACCACUCCGAUCACUGCGCCAUCAAGUAUCCAGCAACGAAAUCUUUUAAUGAAAGUAUAUUCAGAAACUGGAGUUAACCCGAGGGACAUUCAGUACAUUGAAGCACACGGAACUGGGACUCCUGUUGGUGAUCCAAUUGAAACCAACACACUUGGUCAGUUUUUUGCUGAAAAGCUUUCAGAAGACGAUGAAAACCUUAACAACGUUCUUCUUGGAUCAGUUAAAACAAACAUCGGUCAUCUUGAGUCCGCAGCGGGAGCAGCUGGUUUGAUAAAGGUUCUUUUGAUGAUGACUCAUGGUAAGAUUGUUCCAUCUCUACUUUUUGAAAAUCCCAAUCCGAGAAUCAAUUUUGACAGAUAUCGCUUAGAGGUUGCAAGAACGGUAUCCCCAUGGCCUUGCUUUCAUCAAGGAGGACGACUCUCAUGCGUCAACUCUUUUGGAUUUGGAGGGACAAACAGUCAUGCCGUCAUAAAGCAAUACAUUGACUUAAAUGUAAAGAAAAAGAAAGAAAGUAUUAAAGGGAAACAUAUAAUAGCAGUUUCCGGUAGUGAUCUGAAGUCUCUGGAAAGGAACCUAACACACUUGAAACAGAACAUACACAAAGCGAAAUACUGUAUAGAAGAUGUAUCCUAUACCUCAACAUGUAGACGAGAUCAUUAUUCAUACCGCGUUGGUUUAUAUGUGGACACAAAAGAAGACGUUGUUAGGAAGUGCGACGAACACCUUCAACAACUUUCAUCGCUGAAACCUACAGGCUUUUCAAGACCAAACGUCGUCUUUGUCUUUUGCGGAGUUGGCACGACAUGGACGGGGAUGUGUCAAGAAAUGUUGAAGAAAGAAGAAAUAUUCAAAGAGGCAGUGAGCAAUAUAGACAGAAUCCUUACACCUUUGACUGGAUGGUCGAUAUUCCAGACACUCACCGAUGGAUUUGAUGUCACGGAUCCAUUGAAAAGUCACCUGGCGAUCUUUACCUGCCAAGUGGCUCUAACCAAACUUUGGAAUCAUUUUGGUAUACAGCCAGAUGUAAUUGUUGGGCAGUCAGUUGGAGAGGUAGCGGCGGCAUACGCAGCUGGGGUUUUGACACUAGAGAAUGCGGUCAAGGUCAUAUACGAACGAUCUGCUAUUCUAGCCAAUGCAACAGGAGGAUCAAUGUGUGUAGUCGGCAACUGCUUCUUAUCAAUCGUGGCCAACGCCUGCAAGAAAUAUCAGCAGAAGGUUUCCAUUGCUGUCCAUAGUAGCUCUAAGGCGUGCACACUGUCUGGAGACAGAGAUGCGAUUCAAGAUGUCAUACAAAUUCUGGAAAAAACAAGUAAGGAAAAAAUCUUCCUACGCCAUCUCGAUGUGAAAUGUGCUUAUCACAGUCACUACACCAAAGCUGCAAGUGAACAAUUAGAGAAUUCUCUUUUGGGACUAACGGGGUCAAAACCAAUAUGCACAUUGAUAUCAACUGUGACAGGAAACAAAGCAAACCAUGAGGACUUUGUAUCACCGCAAUAUUGGGGAAAAAACGUCAGACAGCCGGUCUUAUUUCAUCAUGCCAUUACAAAGGCGCAGUCAGAUAAAACUUUCAACAUUUACCUUGAAAUAGGACCGAAGCCUGUACUGCGAUUUCACGUUGGUGAUAUAGUAGGGAACCAAAAUGCAACAGCGUUGCCCUCUAUUACAGAAAAGAAAGAGCGGGACAUGCUGUAUCUUUCUCUGAUGGAACUCUACAAGCACGGCGUCGACCCUCACUGGCCUAAUGUUGUUACCAAUGGACACAUGACUGACAUUCCGAAAUGUUUAUUCAACCCAGUAAAGCUGUUCUUUGAAUCAGACGUUACUACCUUGAAAUACAGUGGGAUUCAGUCUUCUCAUUCAAACCAUCUUUUCGUUGAGAGAGCAGGUGGAGAUGGCAGACAAUUCAAAAUCAACAUAACACCAACAACCACCUGGUUUCUCUACGAACAUGUAGUUUCCGGCACAAUCAUGGUUCCUGGUGCGUUUUACAUCGACAUUGCUUUGGAAAUUUUUAAGGAAUGGAGCAAAAACAAAAGUCGUAAAAGAUUGAGCAUUGCAGCACAAUUUUUACAGCCACUUCGCUUAAAUAAAGGAGAUGCGAGUAAAGCAGAAGCGUUUGUCGAACAGUUUGACGACGAAUUGUCAAUCAGCAUACACAAAAAUAAGGAAACGGUCGCAAAAUGUCAAAUAAAGCAGACCAAGGAAACUUCCUUCGAAAGUGUCGACUUAGACGCGAUUCGCAGAAAAUGUACAAUCCGUCAGUCAGCCUCACAAACCUACCGGAAUCUUAAAAGACUUGGAUUUGCCUACGGCAACGAUUUGAAAAUUUUGGGGGAUUGUAUUAAAUCUGAAAACGAAUGUCUUGUUGAUAUAACACUAUCGGAUUCAAUUUUCGAAGAUAUCGGUUCUACACAAAUGCAUCCGUCAGUGUUAGAUGGCCUUCUGCAAACACCUGGUGUCCUUAACGUCAAAGUCAACUUUGGCACUACACUUCUUCCAGGUGGUAUCGAAAGUAUCGUGGUUCACCAACCCCCAGAAAGAAAAAUGCUUGCUUUUGCCUCAUUGGUGUCUCAGACGAAGGACAAGAUAAGAUACAAUGCUUUACUUUUGACUGAAGAUGGAAGGGUAAUAGUAGAGGUGAGAAACUUUUUUAUUCUUUGUAUCGGGACCAACAACAAAGAUGAACAGGACUGUAUGUACCAAGUGCGAUGGGAGGAAAUAGAAAAGACGAUUGAAAGGACAGAUAAACAAAGCUCCUAUGAUGGUCGGCACAAGUCAAUCGUAAUCUCUGAGAACAAACAGGAUGCGGAAAUACUGGACUCUGACAUCACAAAUAUCUCCACUGUUCAUCUUUCAACACGAGACAGGGAUUUUCAAAACAUGCUCAAACGUCAUGUAGAAAACACAGAACACACUUUUCAGUCAAUUAUAAUAUCUGUGAACAAAGACGAACGCGCCGACAAAUUAACUGGAGAGGAGGUGAUGAGAAGAGUAAUUGAAAACGUUUCCGCAUUACUGAACACAUGUCAGCAGCUUGUAAAACUUCAACGAGAUAUACCUGUUGUGAUUAUAACUGAAAAAACACAGUCAUUGAACAAAUCUCACAGCUGCGUUGAAAAUGUCAUUGGGUCCGAACUGUGGGGAAUGGCUCGGUCAAUCGUUCGCGAAUACCCUUUGCAGUUAUAUUUGAUUGACAGACAUGUAUCAUUACGUCAAUGCUUAUCUACCAUUAAGGAACUACUAGUUCUCAGAGUUCCUCAACUUUUCUCUGAAGCAGAACUGUUGGUUACCAGAAAUACGACAGUGUACUUGAAUCGAUUGGUAAGACUUCAAGAAGAGCCAAAGGAAUACAAAUGGAUCGCUCGUACAGAAACUGACCAAGUUCAUCUGAAAUCUUACCAUCCGUAUGAUGUAAAGAAGAAAUUUUGUCUACUGCAGGAUAAAGAAUCAAUUCAGAAUGGAAUAUAUAUGAACGUCGAGACUGCUGUGUUGCACGAAAAGGAAAUGUUUCCUCUAACUAAACAGUCUUUCGGGAAUGACAUUCCAGUUUGGGCAGACGGCAAGGAAGAUGGGUUCGACAUUAUCACUUUGGAAGUCUCUGGUAAAGUAACUGUACAUUCAAAUGAAAAAACAAACGUUCUACCAAGACAGCUAGAAGGAUCGUAUGCAGCUUGCUCUCCUUUCACUUUACAAAGUGUAGUUCAAAUACCGAAAGAUUGCAUGAUGAGAAUCGACGACCUAUCUUGUUAUCAGCCCGGACUUUUACGGAUGUCCACCCUUUUGUGGCAGAUCAAAAAUCAAAUCUAUAAAGGCAAAGUAUUUAUUCUGACUGAUGUCGAUGACACUGCUGGUCAAAUACUACGAUUGAUGUUUUCAAAACCGUUAGCGAGUCAGACCACCAUUACAACUCUACAGAAUCUACAGAAAUCGGACUUUCAUCAAGCAUGUUAUGACACUGUUGUAAUUCUAACGACAGUAGAUCACAUAACACUUGAAAACCUACUGAGCAGAAUCGACAGUGCUCAAACAUUGAUCUCUCUGGAAAUGUUUGCGACUACAAGUACUUGGCACACUGUAAAAAGAAUGCAUGAAUCUCUUGCGUUCAAAGUGUUCAAAACUGAAGACAUAUUGAAACGAAAAGAUCUCUGUAAAACUAUUCCUAAUGUCGCACGAUGGCUUAGGAAGACAAUGCCCAAAAUCAAAAAUAGUACAAAUGACGACACAGCCACAAACAUUGUGCAGUUUGAUUCAACAAAACAGCAAGAGAUACGAAUGAAAGUCAAGAAGAAACAACUGUUUCGAAGAAGCAGGUGCUACAUCGUAGUAGGUGGAUUGACAGGCCUAGGUUGGGAAAUUGUCAAAUAUCUUGCAACGGUUGGAGCUGAAACCGUCAUUACUCUUUCAAGAUCCCGUCCGAAUGCCAAUCAAGUAAGAGAUAUAUUAAAGUUAGAGAAAGCAACUUUAACAGUAGUCAAGGCAAUGUCGGCAGACAUUACAGAUAUAGAGUCCCUGAAAAAAGUUUUCAACAGAAUCGAUGGUGAAUUUGGACGUCAUACCGUGAAAGGGAUAUUUCAUGGUGGAGCCGUUUUAGAUGAUGGCUUAUUCACCAAGCAAACCGCUGCUAACUUUGUGAAGGUUUUGCUCCCAAAAGUACUCGGAAGCUGGAAUCUCCACAUACUUUCACAACGCUAUGACCUUGACUUUUUCGUUCUUCACUCUUCAGUGACAUCCAUCUUUGGAAAUACAGGUCAAAGCAACUAUAGUUCUGGAAAUGCUUUCAUGGAUUCUCUGGCCCAUUACAGAGCUGCAAAACGGCUACCUGGUUUAAGUAUUAACUGGGGACCAUUGUCUGUCGGGAUGGCUACAGACAACUCUCUUCAAGAGGAAUUGGAGAGAAUUGGAUACAAGUUUCUUGAUGUCAGAAAGAUUAUUGACAUACUAGAAAACAGUCUGAUGUCGGAUGGAAAUCAAGUAGUUGCAGGAAUCUUCAACUGGUCAUUGAUUGAAAAACAACUCGCAGAUGUUUCUAUGGAAAGAACGAGAAGAAGAUUGAGGCGAGUGAUAGGCAAUGAAAACACAAGAAAUAUACAGGCGAUAACAGAAGACAUCGUUGGUAAUCAUGACUUGGAUAGCAGUGAAGGAAUCACAAGUUUCGUCAUAGAUGUAGCGUCACGGGUGUUUGCCGUUGAUGUGGAUAUGAUCAACAGCUCUACUUUAAUGAUACAUCUUGGAAUAGAUUCGAUGGUGGCAAUGACAUUUGUCAACACCAUCAGUGAUGCCACAAACUGUUCAAUACCUAUCGUCCUACUCUUAUCCGAGGAGACUAGCAUUGCAAAAAUAGUUGACUACAUAGAGGCUAAUAUAAAGAAAACAAAUGAUGUGAAUAGUACCAGCACAGAUCCCACAGUGACGGAUGGCCUUACACACAUGGAGAAAGAAUACUUCCAAGAUAUCACAGACAACUCUGAAGCACUCCGUUUGUUCACCUAUGUGGACUUUGAAGCAUCUGGAAAGUUUGCUGACCAAGCCUUAUGGAGAGCUAACCUUAAACACGUUGUGCAGAAGAAUCAUGCACUUAGGACUCGUUUCGUGAAGAGUACAGACAAUCACGCAAACCCAAUUUACACUAGAGUAGUAGCGUCUUACAAUGAAAUUGAACCAGAUUUUAGAGUUGUUAGAACAGGAACCAUAGAUAAGUGCGAACGGAUACCAUCAGAUUUAAAACCGUACAGAUUCCUCCCAGAGUCUGAUCUGCCGCUGCGCCUGUUCUAUGAAGUCACAAAUGAAACAUCAUUCAUUCGCAUGGUGUUUUCUCACCUUACAUUUGAUAUGACCUCGAUUCUUUUGGUUCUUGAAGAAAUGCAGAACUUAGAGAUCGAUUCGCAAAUACCAAAGCAAGUUCCGGAACCGCAGGAUAUAGCUGGCCAAGUUUAUAUGCGCCUGCGUGAACAAGAGGAAACCUUGGAAGCUUAUUGGGAAAACAGCAUUCCUGACAAUUUAUUUCCCUUAUCUUUUGCUAACUCUGAAAGCAACACAUUUGAGGAAAACCAAAUAGCAAUAAUCACCGAUCAAGUACCUCAGUCACUUGUUAACAAGAUUGUAGAAUUUUGUCGCAACACCGAAACUACACUAUUUCAAGUUAUGGUCACAUCUUACCAGAUGCUUCUUCAUUUGAUCAUCGGCGUAGAAACUGUUUGUAUUCUUACCCUGGCUGAUAUGCGCAUGCAUUUUCCACAGUUUCUAAAGGAAAUAGGCUGUUUGGUCAACAACGUUCCAUUAUUUUUAACCCCAUCAAAAGAUACUACAAUCGACAACUUACUGAGAGAAAACGGGAAAGAUGUUCGUACCAGAUUAAACAGCAGCUUGUAUCCUUUUGAGCGGAUAGUAAACGAGGUUGUUACCAGAAAAGUUGAUCCUUCUUUAGUGUUUAGGCACAUGAUUAUUUACAGAGACAUCCGGACAGAGAAUACAAUAGAAAAAGAUGGGUAUGUGAAAAAUGUGAGAACUGUCUCUCCAAACCACAUGCAUGAGACGGUUCUUAUAGUGUGGAAUGAUCGAAACAACCAUGCUAUCAAUUUCGAGCUUGAAUACAAUUCAUUGGCUAUCACCAAAACCCAGGCUGAUAACAUUUUGCAGACGAUGGUAAAGAUAUUAGGAUAUCUACUCGACCAUACGGAUUCAACUGUGCAGGAAAUGGCAAAUACAAUCCUGCAAUCACCAUUCCAUGCAGCAGAUUCUGCUUUGACAAAUGAAGGCGAAUUUAUCAAACAGACAAUGAACGGAUGGUCUCAUCAAGUCAUGUUGUCAGUAUGUCACAGAAAGGAUGGUGACUCUUUCCAUACAUUACUCAAAUGGAUGAAAAAAAAUGGAAAACAUCCAAAUCAUCUGUAUACAGAGGACAUAGAUACAGUCGACCGAGCAAUCUUAAACGGCUUACAGACAUUGUUGGUGAGGACAAGAAAAAGAGUGUAUACCUUCAUGACGGCAAACAAAAGACUGUGUGAUGGUAUCACAGAUUGCUUACUAAGUGAAUUAAGGCAGAACCGAAAAGAAGACCCAAAACCAAGAUUCUGA